AUGCAGAGGAAACGCCUGAUCCGUGACUUUCGCAAGCUACAGAGUGACCCACCAUUUGGUGUGAGCGGCGCCCCCGUACAAAAUGACAUUAUGCGAUGGCAUGCUGUAAUCUUUGGCCCAGAGGAUACCCCGUGGGAGGGAGGAACGUUCCAACUUGAGCUCAAAUUCACGAAUGAAUACCCCAACAAACCUCCACAUGUCCGCUUCCUCUCUCGGCUGUUUCACCCCAACGUCUACACUGACGGAAAUAUCUGCCUGGACAUUUUGCAGGCGCAGUGGAGUCCCAUAUAUGACAUAUCAGCGAUACUUACAUCGAUUCAGUCGCUACUAAGCGACCCGAACCCUAGUAGCCCCGCUAACCAGGAGGCCGCCCGCUUGUACGCGGAAAAUCGGCGUGAAUACAACCGCCGGGUUCAGCAAUGCGCCACAGAGUCUUGGAAGACGGUCGAAGCACCUGAGUCCGAAGCCUCUCGAGCAAUCACAAGUGCUACCGCUGCGGAGCAACCCGUGGACGCAGCUAGACCGUCUGCUUCCCCAGAGAGGCAUGUGGGCGAAGCCCCAACGGAGCCAGCGCCUGAUAACGGGGAGCACCAGAGAACUCAGGGGGAUGGGGGAGGCGAUGCCUCAUCUUAA